ACAGAGUGAGAAAGAUAAAGCGAUGGGGGUAGUAGGAGAGGGAGUAGUAGGGAGAUGGAGGGAGUCCGACGACCACGUGACCAUCGGGCGGGGGUGGCCAGGCGACAUUUCGCAUGCUCAGAACACGCCAAGCUGCGGCGUAUCGCACAUUGAGGGACGCAAACAGAGGGAAAAAGAGAAAAAACGAGAUUAAAAGAGAGAGAGAGAGAGAGAGAGAGAGAGAGGAAAAAAGGGAGAACAAUAGGGAAGAGACAAAGAGAGUGAGUUCGCCGAUCGCACACCUCGUGAAAAGUUGUGCUCAACGUCGUUCGGGAAAUUGGUUAAAAUCGCUACAAAAUAAUAUCAUACGAGAAAGGGAGAAGAGGAGGAGGAGGAGGAGGAGGAGGAGGAGGAGAAGAGAGAGAGAGAGUAGUGCGAAAUAAAUUAUCGAGGAAGAAAGAAGGUGACCUACGUUCGUGUGUCGCGCGUGUGUCAUAUUCGUUUGUUUCGUUUGAAAAGGAAGAAGGAUAUAAAGAAAAAAGCAGAAAGAGAAAAGUGGAAGGGUCGUUUGGAAAGAUUCCUUUUUCAUUCGAGAACUGUGCAUCGUUCUUUCUCUUUGUAAUUGAUUCUUUCUUCGAUCGACGACCGAGAAAAACAAAGAAGAAUAUAACAAAUUUUAUACAUUUAGGAACGUGGUUGGAUCAUCAUUCUGGACGCGAGUCCUUCGUUGGCGAGAUGCUACUAUGGAUGUGGAAAGUGCGAGAAAAGUGAGAUAACGAGAGACAAAGAGAGAAACAAAGGAGAUCUCUCUCGCUAGAAAGAGAGAGAGAGAGAGAGAGACAGAGAGACAGAGAGAGAGAGAGAGAGAGAGAAAGAUUUAGACAGAGGAAGAAGGUAUACCGUAAAAGUACGUAAUCGCGCUUCUGCCAGGUAGGACAUUUAUUUGUUGUUUCAAUUUUUUUAUCGGCCAUGUAAACAAGAUACUUAGAUUUUUUCCUUUUUUCUUUCCUUUUGUUCUUCUUAUCUAAUGAUAUACAGGCUAUUUUAUCGGGGAAAAAAAAAAAGAAAAAAAUAACAAGCCGGAUGUGGAUCUUGUUUUCCUCAAAAUUUCAUAUUUCAUCGAAUUUACGAGAUAUAGGAAAAACUUGAAAGAUAGUAAAAAUACACAGACUGAUAAUAUUUUGUAAGAAAAUGUAAUAGGGUUUUUCGCAUCGCACUACUAUUUAUAUUGUUCAUUGACAAUUAGUAAGAACACCAAGUAGACACGUACACGAGCAUAUAUAAAUAUUAACGCGUACAAGCUAACAGCUGUUGAAAACCGUCAUUAUCAAUUGAGCAUGCGUAACAUAUGCAUCUAAUUCGGCUCGUUACCAGUAAUGUAUUUUAAUUGGCCGUACGCGCUCUCACAGCAUCAAGGAACGCGAGCGUUUACUAAAAGUUCUUCCGCACUAAGUAAUAAUCCUCUAAUCCCGUUUAUUAGAAAGCCGCAUACAGCUUUGCUUCUUUGUGAAAGAAUGAAAAAUCGAUUUUUCGCAAACGUAUUUGGAUAAUUGUUGUUAGGAUGAGUGCGAGCUAAUGAAUCAAUUUGAAAGGGAAACGUAGUAUUUCAAGAAUAUUUAAUCGAUUAAAUAAUUCAUUCUUUUAUCAAAUAAAUGAUACAAUCGUAAACCGCUUUUUUUCCAUCGUCGAUAUCCCUAGAAUAUAGCAAGAAGUUAAUUUUUUUCUUUUUUUAAAUAAAUAAAUUCUCAUGACAUUGUGUUUUUGGAAAAUCGACGAGCACGCAUUGGUAGGCACGUCGAGUCGAAUCCAUCGAAAAGCAAGCAUCUUAAAAGCGGUUGGUCUCUCGAAUUUCUUCUCUCUAUCCCUUACACAUUCGUAAGGUCUGCCAAAGGACCCGUAGCAAAGCCCCUGGGUCCUUUCGGACAAGAACCUUUUGUCUUGCCCGGCUGCAACUAUUCCAUCUCUCUCUCUCUCUCUCUCUCUCUUUAUUUUUCUUUUCCCUUCUUUCGAGCGCGUAAACGGAGAAGGAGCUGAAAGGAAGGAACGUGUGUCACGGCCAAGAAGGAAGCUGCGAGUCGCACGCGUUUUCGUCUUCUUUUGAGAGAAAAAGGAUCUUCAUAAGUAAUCGACGUAGAGAUUAGGUGUAGUUACAUGUGUGCGUAAAUAGCUCCACAGAAGCAGUUUGUAUACCUGAAAUAAAAAUUUAAAUAUGUAUAUAUAUAUAUAUAUAUAUAUAUAUUCUAAUAACAAUAGAACUGUCAAAGUGUGAUAAUGAUAUCACACUUUGUCGCGUCUUUGGUUAUUAUAGUAUGUGCGAACUAAGCAGUUUCUUCCGACGACGGAUACUUUGUUGGUAAUGUCUGUCUGUCAUUCCGUCCACGUCUCUCUCUCUCUCUUCUUACGUGUCCGUUUAUGUGUAUGCAUACGCACACCGGUAGAUAGUCCGUUUAGAUAAGCGAAAUUCCGUUCAUCUCGUUUCUCUUGGUUAUCGUUCUAGUGAAACUUGCAACGCGACUCGCAAAUCUUUCGGCUGAAUCAGCGACUAUUAUUCUUUUUUCUUUUCUUUCCCUUUUUCUUUCUUCUCCUUGCUUUUGCGUAAUUCUCCUUUGUCGUUCCUUCUCGAAGAAAGAUUACAAGUGAUUAGAAAUCACUUUAGAGAGAAAAAUAUUAAAUAUUAAUAUACGCACACAUCUAACUUAAGUAAUGAAAAUGGAUAAUGGUACAAUGCGUAUACUAAUAAACGACAUAUAAUAAUGCGUAUAGUUGAAAACGUAUAAAUAAAAUGUAGUUCCGGUCGUCCUCCCUGUCCCAACCCUCUCUGCCAACCGUUUGAAGAUUCUCAACUUAACGAAAAAGAAAGAAAAGCAGACUCCGUUCUUUCUCUUUCGUUUUAUUUCUUUUCUCAAAGCAAAGUCCUCCAAAGAGGAGCUCUCGGGCUUGAUAGAGUUACGAGCUGUGUUCUGAGACUCGUCGUCCGUGGCCCGUGAAAGGGGGGCCCUUACGCAAGAGUCUCAACCACGGAGCUAUGGAGCUAACGACGAUGGAGCUGGCGAUGGAGCUGGCGAUGGAGCUGGCGAUGGAGCUGGCGAUGGAGCUAGCGAUGGAGUUAGCGAUUGAAAGUCGGCGGUGAAGGUCGGAGGUGGUCGGAAGUAGCCGGACUUGGAGGUAGAGUGAUAUGUUAACCGAAGACAAUGACCCGACGAAACCAGCGGGCGUUUUAGACAAUGCUGGCAACGUGUCUUCCUCGACGGAGGCCUCGGUACAGCACCCUCGCAGCGCAAACAAUGAAACCGAAGUUAAAAACGAAGUUCAGGACUGUCCGGAGAACGAAAGCGUGCCGGGUAGCGAAUUGUACAUCGACGAUAAUGCCGAGGAAAAGGAGCAAGAGUAUCCGGAUUCUAUGGAGAAGGCUGACUACGGUACUCUCUAUGGCGCCAAUCAAUACUACAACAGCAUAUACAAUUCGCCUACUUACGGAUCGACGACGGGCACCAAGAACACGUCUAGCUUGCAAAGCUCUUAUCUGACUUCGUACACAACGCCAAGCACGAUGACGCAGUAUUCGUCGUAUGCCGGCUACAAUAGCGGCACCACGACAUUCCCUAACGUAGGGCAAAAUAUAUCCUCGGCUUCCCAGAAGCUGGACUAUACCGCUUAUGGUAGCAGUUUGUACGGAAACGACAGGGUACCCCUUCAAUAUUCUGGAUAUUAUCCGAUGCCCGGUUACCACACCACUCAUACGUCCUUCAACAUAGGAAAUCUCAACUUUGCUGAUUCGACGAAGACAGCACUCACGCUGGACGCGAGCGCUCAUGAUGCGAGUGACCCGACCGCACGAGAGACCACAAAUGUCGAAGGAACUACAGCGAAGCCUUGCAGACGCGGUAGGCGACAGAGCGGAAGCGGAAACAGUAUCGGUUCCGCGGACACGACGGAAGCCGGCCCCGAUCGUAUAUUCAUUUGGGAUCUCGACGAAACCAUAGUCGUGUUUCAUUCGCUUCUCACUGGUCAAUUCGCUACGAAGCACCGAAAAGAUCCUACCUUGCUCGCACAGGUAGCCUACAGGAUGGAGGAAAUGAUAUUUAAUUUGGCCGACACGCACUUUUUCUUCAACGACAUUGAGGAUUGCGAUCAAGUACACAUAGACGACGUAUCGUCCGACGACAACGGACAGGACCUGUCCUCGUACAAUUUCGCAACGGACGGCUUUCAAUGUGCUUCGGCGAACAACGGCAUAUGCCUAGCCUCCGGGGUACGCGGUGGCGUAGAUUGGAUGAGAAAGCUCGCCUUCCGUUAUCGCAAAAUAAAGGAGAUCUACUGUAAUUAUCGGAACAACGUUGGCGGUCUGCUCGGAGCGGCGAAACGCGAACAAUGGGUCCAGUUGCGUUCAGAGAUCGAAGUUCUCACCGAUAAUUGGCUCACGUCGGCCGUCAAGUGUCUCAGUUUGAUCAACAAGAGAAGCCAUUGCAUAAACAUUCUCGUAACCACCACCCAACUUGUUCCAGCCCUCUCCAAGGUCCUUCUAUUCGGUAUAGGUGGAAUAUUUCCUAUAGAGAAUAUUUAUUCCGCUUCUAAAAUAGGAAAAGAGAGUUGCUUCGGAAGGGUGGUGGCUCGUUUCGGUCGUAGAUGUACCUACGUCGUGAUAGGGGAUGAUUCCGAUGAGGAGACAGCAGCGAGAGCGCACAAUUUUCCUUUCUGGCGAAUAAACAGUCACUCGGAUACUCAGGCGCUUUACAAUGCUUUGGAAAUGGGAUUCCUUUAACCUGCUUCCCUGAUAAAAAGGCAAAGGCAAAAGGAACAAAAAAAGAACGUUUCUCUUCAAAGACGCGAGUUAUCUUUUAUCGUGAAAAACUUGAAGGCAAAAAAUUAACGAUAAGGAUGAAACGAAAAAAAUGGGUCCACAAGUGAUAUAAUAAACAAAUGAAAAUAUUACGAGCGGGUGUAAAGGGGCGAUGGAAAAGGUGAAGAGUGUGUGAGUAAAGACAGGGUGUUUUCUGAGUAUCUGCGAUCGAUUUCUAUCAUAUAUAUAUAGAAAUAAUGAAUCUGAAAUUAUUUGAUCAAAGACACGAAUAAGAAACUGCUGAAAGCUUUGAAAAGAUGUAUCUACGUAAGAUCACUUUCGAUCCUAAAGAAAUAAUAAACUCGUGUAUUAAUUUCUAUCACAAAAGAUACGGUUCGCAAAAAUGGAUACGCGCACACAUAUCCGAAAAGUAUUCAAAUUGAACCUUUUCGUUAAGCGUUCACUCCAAUUUUCUAGGAUCCUUGAAUAGAUCUAAUUUGUUGCGCACAAUCAGUAGACACCCUGUAAAAGUGACAGUCGAACGAGCUUAUUUUCAGUCGAUCGACCAAAAGAUCUUUUCGAGAAAAGAUUUUGUUUUCUUUCUUCUUCUUUUUCCUAUUAAUUACGACAAGCAAUCCAUCCUUUUUGUGUACUUAAAAAAACGUAGUACGGUACGUAUAUACCGGCUUACUUCUCUUUUUUUUUUCUUUUUUUUUUUUUUUUUUUUUUUUUCUUUUUUAUUUAUUUAUUUCCUUUUUUCUUGCUUCGUUUGUCGAUACUCACUCAUUCAUUGUACUGUUUUAAUUGUUCUUUCCAUUAUUUUUGUGCUUAUUCUGAAGAACGAGCAAAUGAUCUUAAAGUUACAUUAUUCUAGUAUUAAAAGAACGAUACAUAAACUUUUUCCUCUGUUAUUACAUACAUUAGCGUGAUAUUCGACAUGCGUUGCAAACAAGUAACGAACACGUGAACUUUAUUUUUGUUGUAAAAGCGAUCGACGUGAAAGAGCGUGAGAUUAGAAAACAUUAGGAGAUUAAUAAUUAUUAAGAAAACAGAAAUUAAUAAAUAUAAAUAUGUGUGUAUAUGUACACUAUAAUGGAGAGAGAGAGAGAGAGAGAGAGAGAGAGAAAAGUGCGAGAGUGAUUAAUUAGAUAACUUUAUUAAAGCUUAGCGCAAAGGGACACGCAUUAGCGCAAAGUUAAAGACGUUGAACGACUGUGAAAGUAAUUUAAUGUAAGUUUCAUGAAAUAUAAGCUCGUUAGAGGGAGACUGUAAUUCGAAAUAUAAUCAAGUUAUAUUGUACAGCGGCAUUUUAUGUUCUAUCGAUCAUCGAGAGAGUUAACGAAGGGAGAAAGAGAAGCAAGACGAGAAAGAAGAGACGAAAUAGAUAUUUCUUCCUGUUGAGAUCGUUAUGUACAUGCAACGUAUACGAGCGAAUCGCUAUCUGUUUCAAUUCGCCAAGUAGUUUGUUUUUCCCUUUCCUUUUUUUCAACGUUUUUCCUUUCUAUUUAAAGAAAGAAGAGAAAAGUAUAUUGUUGCAAGUUCGACGAUCCUAAAAAUGUAUGUAUGUAUGUAUGUAUGUAUGUAUGUAUGUAGAUACUUUGAAAUAAGUAUGUACUUUCCUUUUCCUUCUCUCGUUACAUACAAGCGCACAAACGGCAUACAAUUAUAUCUCUCUAAUUUUUAUCAUUAAUAGGAAUAAUUUAAGUGUAUUUUAAUAACUCGAACAAGUCCAAAGUUAAAUAUCGAGUAUCAACAUUCCAAAAUUUUAUUUAAUGCAUGUUAUAUCUCUUUCGUCGCUGUUCGUGAUGCAGCCAUUAUCGGCCGAAUCGUCUAUAAGAAAAUAUUUGAAUGAGAUCAAACGUAAUUACUUGGUUAUAAUAUUAGAUUCUUAUGGUUGGAAGAUUUUUUGCGAUUUUUUCUACCAACGGCGUAUUUUUAUAAAACGCUUCCGCAUUAGUCCUUUCUGACUUACGUAUGGCUGCAUCACCCCAUUCGUCAUUCGAUCAUUGUCUGCUGCCUACGUUGAUCGAAUAAAAGAUGCGACAAAUCAAUUUAUUUGUACUUACGACGCCAUUCUUCUAAUACACAAAUAUCUAUACCA